UGUAUCUCAUUUACAGGUUAUAAGUUCAGUUGGCGCAAAACUGUCGCAUUCUCGGUUUACUCUUCUGCACCCUGCAUGCAAAAAUCGCUUGAUCAAGAAAAUACUAAAUUAAAAUAGUUAUUUCAACAUUAAUUAAUUGCUGAAAAAAUGGCUACGGAAACCGAAAAUAUCGUAGACGCUUCGAACGAGGAUGUAAACAAUGAUGGGAUUCGUGAACGAAUGGCAAGAAACAGAGAAAGAGCUUUGUUAUUGAGAAAGGCCAAAAUUGUUGCGCAUCCUUAUGCCAAGAGCGACAAUGAAAAUGGUGUUCGAGGCAAAGUUAUCAAGGUUCAAGGACAGAAAGUUGUCGAUAGCGGAGCUGGUUUCCUUAUCGAAGAAGAUGAUGCUCUCGAAGCUGCUAUGUGCACCAUUGCCGCAGAUCCAGCACCGAUAAUCAGUAAACUUCCAGUAUGCCAGGAGUGCUCCAAGGAAUUCAAGGAUUCAUACCUUCUACAAAAGUUUGAAUACUUAGCAUGCGAUGACUGCAGGGACAACGAUGGAAAACACUCUCUGAUAACCAGGACAGAAGCCAAACAAGAAUAUCUCUUGAAGGACUGCGAUCUGGAUAAAAGAGAGCCAGCACUUAAAUACGUAUUACGUAAGAAUCCUCACAAUGUACAUUGGGGUGAGAUGAAACUUUACCUUCAAAUUCAAAUAGAGGUAAGAGCUCUUGAAGUUUGGGGAAGUGAAGAGAACCUGCUGGAGGAACGCGAGAAACGCGAAGUGAAGCGCCAAGAAACCAAAAUAAAGAAGUUUAACAAAAAGGUAAAAAAGCUUAGAAUGGAAGUGAGGAGUUCACUCUAUGACAAAACACAAAAAGCUUCUCAUACCCAUCAGUUUGGCGAGGAUACUUAUAACGAAGAUGAUGAUAAUUAUACGCAUGCAUGCACGAUAUGUGGGUUUGAAGAGACUUAUGAAAAAAUGUAAAAUUAGCAUUUAUUUUUGUAAAUUAAUUAUUUAAUUUCAUUAUUUUGUUACGUAAAUUUUUCAGUAUGCCAGAAACCUCAUACGCAUGUUAAAGAAUAGUGUAUUAUAAGACUUUUUUAUACUUAAAUUAUAGAACAUAACAAAAUUCCGCCUUUUUUUAAACCUUUUAACUAGUAAUGCGCAAUUAAUAAUUUAUUAACUCUAGAAUAAAAAUGUUUGCGCAGAUUUUAGGCAACCGAAACUACGAAUCGCAUCGCGUUUCGAUUUGAACGCUUAACAUGUAUUUUACUCGUUUCGUUUCAUCGAAACCAUUAACAGUAGAUUACAUAUACAUAGUUUUUAUUUUUAUAAAUCUAAACGCUCGUUGCACUUUAACUUUCGCGAACAUUGCACUGAUAUCGAUUCUUAACUACACACACUUUCAAGCAGUUGUAUACAAAGAAUUCGUCGAGUCGAAAGAAAUGGCAAGUCUACGAAAUUCUGCUGCGAAAAUUCAGAUCAUUUAUUCUAAUAGGCAAACGUGUAUAAUGACGCUCUGUUCGGAUAAUUUGAUAGUAAUUUAUGUAAGAACAAAUCGCAUCGCUGCCAUUGGCAGCAGACAUGUACACUCCUAAAAUUAAAUUACGCAUCUGAUUAUCAACUAAUUUGUAAAUAAUAAAUACGAUAGUUCACUAAGCUAAUUACUAAUUACAAGAUAAUUGGCAAUAGAAUAAGUAA